AUGACUAGAAAAGAUAAAAAAAAUACAACAUGUGAUUGUUGUGGUCUCUCUCUUUCAACAUCACAAAAACUUCGUCAACAUUAUAUUAAAAUAGAAUAUCUCGAUGUCUUAGGAUUAUUUGAUCCCCCAGAAAUUGCUGAGCCUAUUCCAUCACCAAAAACUGAAAGAGAAUAUCUUGAAGCAUUAGGAAUAUUAGAACCUAUUCUGCAAUUUCAUCAAACGGAUAUUAUUAGUUCAAGAUGUAAAUUAUUAGAUGAUCAUUAUCAA